UCCUUAUUUUCUUUCUUUUUCCUCUCAACCAAAACUAGACUAAAUCUAUAAUAAUAAAUAAACUAGACUCUGGUCUCACAUUAAUAGUCAACAACAUCAUGGAACUCUCUCUGAUCCGUCCUCCUAUGCUUCUUCAUUGCCCCCUCAACUCCAUUCUCUUCUCAACAAGGACACACAACAAAACAUCAUACAGGUUACCAUGCCGCUGCUCAUGUUCUUCCUCUAAUAAAACUGCUGCAGAACCAGUUACAGAGUCUUUACAGAUUGAAGGAAGAAGAGAAUUACUCAGUUGUCUCAUCACAACUGUUGCUGGAGUCUUUGCAUGUGAUGUGGCUGGAGCUGUUAGCACAAGUAGAAGAGCUCUACGAGGAGCAAAAAUUCCUGAAAGUGAUUUCACAACCUUGCCCAAUGGUCUGAAGUACUAUGAUUUGAAAGUUGGGAAUGGAGCUGAGGCUGUAAAAGGAUCGCGUGUCGCAGUUCAUUAUGUUGCUAAGUGGAGAGGUAUCACCUUUAUGACCAGUAGACAAGGAAUGGGCGUUGGAGGAGGAACGCCGUAUGGAUUUGAUGUAGGCGAAUCUGAGAGAGGAAAUGUCCUCAAAGGGUUGGAUUUAGGAGUGCAGGGCAUGCGAGUAGGAGGCCAGCGAUUGUUAAUUGUUCCUCCUGAACUUGCGUACGGAAAGAAGGGAGUCCAAGAAAUACCUCCAAAUGCAACAAUAGAGGUAGAUAUUGAACUGCUUUCCAUCAAACAAAGUCCAUUUGGGACUGCGGUAAAGAUCGUCGAAGGUUGAUGAUACAAGUGCUAACUUGGCAAAUCAUGAGAAACAAGACCGUCCUUAUUUCACCGUUGUGAAAGAACCUGGAUUUUAACCUGGACUUCCAAAUAAGAAACAGGGAAAAAGUUUGAACUCAAAAAUUUGAUUAUAUGUAUCCAAUUCAGGGCUUGUGUAGCUGUGUUUGCUAGAAAUCAGAAAGUUCAUUAAAGGUGGACGCCAAAUAUAUAAACCAAAAUGAAGGGCGGAAGAAUGAACAAAAAAUAACAAAGGAAAGAAUGAAAACUGUACAAGUUUUUAUCUUGUCUCA